AUGACCUAAAGGUCUUAGCUACCAGAUCAUAAAAUUCCUAAAAAAAAUUAAGAAAAUAAAGUUUUGAAGUGUAAGAAAAUAAAGUGAGUGGAUGAUUUUGACAAACUGAUAUCCUUUGAUAAUUUCGUUUACGUAGACGACCACCAUAAUCUAUGAUUAUCAUUAUAUGUAUUUAAUGAUAAUUUUACCUAAUGCUCUGUACAGAAUUUUCAUAAACUUUUCAAUACAUAACUUAACUGUCGGUAACUUGUAUGUAUUUAAAAAAUAUAUAAAAAUUUAUUAAACUAAUCAAGUACUGCACUUCCCAAAAUGGUUAUUAACGUGGAUCUAAAAGGUUUUGAAGAAUUUUCGAAAUAUACUCGUGCAAUUGAUUCUCGUGGUCCCCCUGUAUUUUUUUACUUUAGCGGUUCAAAACUACCUGAUGGCAAUAGCUGGUGCCCCGACUGCGUGGAAGCUGAACCAGUCGUCAGGCAUUACCUUAGUGAGCUCGACAAAAGUAUCAUUUUUGUCUAUGUCGAUGUUGGAGAUAGAGAAUAUUGGAAGGACAAAGAGUGCCCGUUCAGAACGGACAGUCGCUCUAAGUUGAUGGUCAUACCGACUUUAAUAAAAUGGAAGGGAGUACAGAGGCUUGAGGGAAGCCAGUGCAGCAAUCGGGAACUUCUGCAGAUGUUGUUCGAAGAAGAAGAUUAAAUAAGAAAAAUCACCAAUUCUUUUAAGGCAGAUUCUAAUACUAAGAUUACCAACUAUAACGUAUGAGUAGAUUAUAUUAUCAACCAUAAAAUAUUUUAAUUCUUCUAAUAACCAUCAAUAAAUAAUAAAAGAUAUUGGACAAUUAUUAAUUAAUUAAAUUUUAGAUCAUAGCUAUAUCUGGAUAUAAGGGUAAAUCAAUAUCAAUUGAUACAAAAAAGACAGGGAGUUAAAUGCCAAUCCCACUAAAGUAGAGACUAGAAGUAACUUCGCUACGAAAGAAAUGUUGCCAUGCUCCUGUCAUAAAAUUGCAAUUGAUGUUCUAAAUAAAUUUGAAAUCUUACAUUAAACAAUGUACUGAAUAUAACGCAUCAGUAAGGUGGUCUUUUAAUUAAAUAUUAUAUCAACAUAAAUUGACAUUUUUAUUGCAACGUUCUACAUGUUAUAAUGUCUUCUUGGUGACAAAAUAAAUAAAUAAAACACGGCAGAAGUGACUUAAUAAUUUAAUGGAAAUUCUGUGUAAACUCAUACUUAUAAUUAAUUACUGGUGAAACGAGUAUUAUAGUCUGUGCAGGUACCUACAUGUCUUUGUCUAUUUUUGUAUUCAGGUAGAAAUGCGUUCCUAUACUAAGGGUGGGCGCAGCAGUUACAGUGCAAGAAACAAAGAAUACUUAGCAUAUUAUUCAAUUCAAUGUAAAAGGGUGGUAUAUUAUAAACAUUGAACAAAUUGGUCAUGUUGGAAAUAGAAUCAGUGGUAUUAACAUAGGUACCAUCGAUAUAAUAUCGGGGUGAUCAUAAGUUUACCAGUUCUGGCAACACAUUUAUUCUCACUUAUAAAUAUAGGUAGGUAUAUGAAUUUUUAUCUAUUGAACUAGCUACGGAUGUAUUUUUGAUCUGUUGAGCAAUUAUUACCGAAGUUGAGGCAUAUAAAUACAUCACAACAUGAAGCCCACACCCAUUAUAGACCGUGCAUAUGACGCAUUUUUGCAAAACAAGUGAACAAAUAAAGGUUUAAAGUAAAUAAAAAA